AUGAUGGAAAUCGCCAGCCGCCAGCUGCCCACACACCAACCCAUGUCGACUUCGUCGCCAAAAAUCUCCUUCAAGGACACCACCUGGACCUUUCCCAAGAAGCUCAAGAAGAAGCGCCCGCGACCCAGCGACAUCUUCAACAUCAACUUUGGCUUUGGCUUUUCCUCUCGCCGCCGCCAAUCAUCAGACUACUCGCCUCAAGUCAGCCCUCGCACUAGCAUCUCAUCCGCAUCCGGCUCCCCUAGGACAGAAAUGACCGAAUGCUUCAAGAGGCAGCGGAUCGACUCUUCCGGCUCCGACGCCGAGGUCACGCGAUCAAAGAGCGCAAGGCUGGACAUCAUCACUCCCACCACCACCAUCCGCAGCCAAUGUGAAGAGCCACACCCCGGUCAGCUCGUCGACUUCACCCAGACUCCACCUUCGCUUCCUCCCUCGCCACCUCCGGCCCCCGUCCCCGCCAUGCAGCUCCCUUCACCCAAGCAAUCACCCAAGCUCCUCCCCAAGAGCAACCCAACCAAGGAAUCCAGCCUGCGCCUCACCACCGACGCCUACCACGAGUACCUUGCCACCACCCAGCGCCGCAAGUCCUUUCCCGCCGGCGAAUGGGCCGCCCGCCGCAUCCGCGAGGAAUUCCAAAUCCUCAGCAAACUCGACGCUGCUCUCACCCGUGAAGAGGAAAUUGAAUCCAUCGAUCCUCUCGACACCACUACUACUGCUACUGCCAAUGCCAACGACAUCUCUCUCAUCGCCCCAUUCGACACCACCACCACCAACACCACCACCACUCAGCCUCCUCUCGACAACUCAAACUGCGAACUCCGUCGCACCACCAGCGACCCUUCCACUGAGCGCUUCCUCUUGCACAUCCGCGCCAGCCUCGAGGCCCGCAGGAGCAAGAGCGGCAAAAUCUGGCACUCCUACCCUGUUUUCGCAGAUGAGGUCGAGAAGGGCUUCUUGGAUGAUGCUCCCUUGUAA